AUGAAGCUUUUCAAUUACGAACAUGAUAAGGGACAACCGAACAAUCAGCCCAUGAACUCCAUUUACGGUUCUCCUAUGAAGACGUAUUCGAGCUCACCGGAUAUCCCUCACAUGAAUUCCUUCGAAUUAGCUGAGGACGACAGUUCAUCUACCACGUCGCAGAAUGACGAUCGACUUGGAUACUUGCAGCAUUCUCAGAGUGGCGGUUACUUCCAGUCAGGUGGUGAAUACAGCAGGCCAUUUCGGCCAGCUUUCCGACCGAAAACCCCUCCACCACCACCGCCUCCACCCCAGUCGUCCUUACCACAAACCCCUAACUCACAGAGGUUACCAUCGUCGCCAUAUGGUAGUAACCAUGUGAAGCAGAACAGUUCCAAUGGGUCAGCCACGACUCACAUUGUGGUCCCUACUCCUAAUGACUCUGGUGAUACUCCGUCUCCACCUCCGCUUCCGCAGAGUUCGCCUCCUUCAAGCUCUAAGUCAAGCAUCGUACCGCCUCCUCCCCCACCUCCACCUCCCAAUUUACUGAAACUCCCUGCAGCAUCGUCAAGCACAUCCGUAGGAUCUGCAAAGGCUGGUAUAUCGGUGGAGGCGCUUCCGCUCAGUGGCGCUGAAAAAGGCAGAGGAACUCGCUGA